AUCAGCCAAGGUCUUUCAUUACCCAAAAGUGGGGAGCAGUCCAUGGACCUAAGUGUCUCCCAGAGGCUGGUUCAUCCAGGCCGAGAUUCGGCUAUGCUGGCCCCCCAGUGUCCCUUAUUCUUGGGACCCUUUACCUCUCAGCACUGUUCCCAGUUUUCCUACAAACAGCUGCAGCGUAACACUGAAAAAAGCCAACGUGAGAUGGAAGCGGAGGAACAAAAUGAGCUACAGCAGCUGAUACGAAAGAGUAAAAAUGAACAAAGUGCUGUAGCCAGUCCACUGGUGAGGCAAAAACUCAGAGAGCACUUAAUCAUGAGGAGCCAGCCCACCCAUGACAAGGUCACCCCUACACACAGCAGUCCUACACCAGGAUACGGGCACACACUUCCAGACGUGUCCCCAAAGUCUCAGCCGUCAACAAGUGACAGCCCCCGUAAGGAACUGCGUAGAACAGUGUCUGAGCCAACACUGAAGUGGAAGCUGAAAAAGCUCAUCAGCACAAGACCAAACCCAUUGCAGCGAAAGAUCAGCGCUCCUCCUGCUGUCAAGCACAGGACAGAAACUCUAGAGUCUUCUCCCAGCAGCACCCCGACAUCUGAUUGUAGCUCUCCUAAUGACAGCCUCCAUUCAGAUAAUGGAGUGAUCCCACUUGCUCAUGAGGCACAAAGGCUUUUGCUGAAAGAUGGUCGACUGGCUAAUUUCACCCUGCCCGGCAACACAACCACCAUGCCCAACAUCACUGCAGGCCUUCCAGCUCAGGUUGACCUGCGAGUAACAAGGACUCUGGCCGUGCCCGCUCUGCCUCAAGUAUAUUUACCUCUCGAUGGAAGUUUUUCAGCCCAGGCUCACGGCUUGCAGCCUGUACUCAUAUUGGAACCACACACUGGACUCGUCCAUUCACGGCUCAUUUCUUAUCAAGGUAUGAGUCCUCCUCCUCUGCAACAGCGACCUCACUUGACCUGCCCGACAAGAAGGGAAGGCCUCCCCACCUUUUCCUCUCACAAACCCUUGGAACGAACGCGCUCAGAACCUCCACCUUACAGCCAUUCGCCUCUUCCUCUACACGCUACCCUCAACUCUCAAACUCAGCACCAGCUGCCUCAGCAAUGCCACAAGAGUGGGAUGGAGAGGUUUAAGAUGAAUUCCCUCCUGACCAAGAUCCCAUCAGAAGACAUGGACCUGGAAGAAAUUGGAUCAGAAUCUGGGUCCAUGUGCAGCUCUGAGCCGGGCUCGGUUUGCGAGGACAGGUGUCGAAGGAGACAGAGUUCCGCCAGCACCGACUCCGUUUAUGACACAGAGUCCACGACCUCCUCUCGGGAAAGUUUGAUUGAGAUAUCGCAGACCGUCAGUCAGAGGCAGUUGGUCCACCGAGCAGGAUUUCACAUGGACUCCCCUAAUGUACCUGUCCUGAUGUGGCCUCACCAACCUUUGGUCCGAACCCAGUCCUCUCCUGCCUCAACUUCUCUGCCUCCUCUUCUGAAUGCAUCCACAACCAGGCCCAUCUCUCUAUCCUGUCCUAACCCAGAGGUCAAGCUCCGUUUCACCACUGGUAUAGUUUAUGAUGCUCAGAUGCAAAAGCACCAGUGCACCUGUGGGGACAACAGCUGCCACCCCGAACAUCCUGGAAGGAUUCAAAGCAUUUGGUCCCGACUGCACGAAAGAGGCCUGCGAAGCCAGUGUGAGCAUAUCCGAAGCAGGAAAGCCACUUUGGAAGAGCUGCAAUCAGUCCACUCGGAAAAACACGUGCUUCGGUAUGGCACCAACCCUCUGCAUCGCCUCAAGCUAGACAACCCUAAGUUGGCUCGAAUCUUGGCUCAACGCAUAUUUGUAAUGCUACCAUGUGGAGGAGUUGGGGUCGAUAAUGACACCAUCUGGAAUGAUCUUUAUACUGCAGCAGCUUCUCGUAUCGCUGCCGGCUGUGUCAUCGACCUGGCUCUGAAGGUGGCACAAGGAGAGCUGAAGAAUGGAUUUGCAGUGGUGAGGCCACCCGGGCACCAUGCCACACACUCCUCUCCUCUGGGUUUCUGUUUCUUCAACUCUGUGGCCAUUGCUGCCAAACAACUCCAACAGAAACUCAGUGUUGGCAAAAUCCUUAUCGUGGAUUGGGAUGUUCACCAUGGCAAUGGUACCCAGGAAGCCUUCUACAAUGACCCAAAUAUCCUGUAUAUCUCACUACAUCGCUACGAUAAUGGCAACUUCUUCCCUGGUAGUGGACAUCCUAAUGAGGUUGGUGCAGGGGCAGGUGAAGGUUUCAAUGUCAACAUUGGAUGGACUGGUGGUUUGAACCCUCCCAUGGGGGAUGCCGAGUACCUGGCUGCAUUUAGAACCGUGGUGAUGCCCAUCGCCCACGAGUUUUCCCCUGAUGUGGUGCUGGUCUCAGCAGGAUUCGAUGCAGUUGAAGGCCAUUCGCCACCGCUGGGAGGGUACAAUGUCACAGCCAAGUGUUUUGGGUUCCUUACCCGACAGCUGAUGUCUCUAGCUGGGGGGCGUGUGGUUCUGGCUCUAGAGGGGGGACAAGACCUCAAGGCCAUCUGUGAUGCCUCUGAAGCCUGUGUCAGCUCUUUGCUGGGCAUGGAGGUAGAGCCUUUGUCUCAAUCUGUGUUGGACCAAAAGCCUUGCAAUAAUGCCGUGCAGUCACUACUAAGUGUCCUCCAGGUUCAAGGUGAGUACUGGCAGAGCGUGAAGGACUUGUCCGCCACCGUGGAGCUGUCCUACCUGCAGGCGCAGAGGCAGUGGUUGAGGAGAGACUCAGACAGUGAAGCCGUCGAUGCCAUCGCCGCUCUGUCCAUGGGAGCCAGCGCCUCUGACAGAUUUACAGAUGAUUUUUCAGUGGGUAAAAUCAAGCUCAAGUAA